CCGGCCGUCCUAGCAGCGUAGGGUUGUGUGGCCCGGAAACGCAGAGCCGGCCAAAGGACAGUACGGCGCGAAGGAGGCCCGACCGCGGUCGCGCGUGAGGAGACCUCGCGGGCGCGGGGCGUGAGGCCGGCGUGAGGGAGCGCGGAGGCAGUGGCCGCUGGCGGCCAGGACCCGCCUGUCUUCGCGGUCGCCGCCGGCAUGAGCAACAUCCAGAUCCCGCCGGGGCUCACGGAGCUGCUGCAGGGCUACACGGUGGAGGUGCUGCGGCGGCGGCCGCCUGAUCUCGUCGAGUUCGCGGUAGACUACUUCACCCGCCUGCGCGAGGCCCGCGCCCAAGCCGCCAGCCCGCCCGCCGCCCCUCCUUCCGGCUCCCAGGAUCGAGAGCCCGGCCCUGGCCUUGUCGCCGACGCGGACAGCGAGACCGAGGACGAAGAGGACCUGGACGUUCCAAUUCCUAGUAGAUUUGAUCGGCGAGUAUCAGUUUGUGCUGAGUCCUAUAACCCUGAUGAGGAAGAGGAAGAUACUGAUCCAAGGGUGAUUCAUCCCAAAACUGAUGAACAGAGAUGUAGACUUCAGGAAGCUUGCAAAGAUAUUCUCCUUUUCAAAAAUCUUGAUCAGGAACAACUUUCUGAGGUUCUCGAUGCCAUGUUUGAAAGGAUAGUCAAAGUUGAUGAGCAUGUUAUUGACCAAGGAGAUGAUGGAGACAACUUUUAUGUCAUAGAAUGGGGAACUUAUGACAUUUUAGUAACAAAAGAUAAUCAGACCCGCUGUGUUGGUCAAUAUGACAGCCGUGGAAGUUUUGGAGAACUAGCUCUGAUGUACAACACUCCAAGAGCUGCUACCAUUGUUGCUACUUCAGAAGGCUCCCUUUGGGGACUGGACCGUAUGACUUUCAGAAGAAUCAUAGUGAAAAACAAUGCAAAAAAGCGGAAGAUGUUUGAAUCAUUUAUUGAAUCUGUGCCCCUCCUUAAAUCACUAGAGGUGUCAGAACGAAUGAAGAUUGUGGAUGUAAUAGCAGAGAAGAGCUAUAAGGAUGGAGAGCGCAUAAUCACUCAGGGUGAAAAAGCUGAUUGCUUUUACAUUAUAGAGUCCGGUGAAGUGAGCAUCUUGAUUAAAAGCAAGACUAAAACAAACAAGGAUGAUGGGAACCAGGAGGUCGAGAUUGCCCGCUGCCAUAAGGGGCAAUACUUUGGAGAGCUUGCACUGGUGACCAACAAACCCAGAGCUGCUUCUGCUUAUGCUGUGGGAGAUGUCAAGUGCUUAGUAAUGGAUGUACAAGCAUUUGAGAGGCUUCUGGGGCCCUGCAUGGACAUCAUGAAGAGGAACAUCUCACACUACGAGGAACAGCUGGUGAAGAUGUUUGGCUCCAGCUUGGAUCUGAUCGAUCCUGGGCAGUAGGUGUGCCACACCCCAGAGUUUUCUCAGUGUGACACCAAAACCUUAUGGUCAGCCACAGAGCACACACAGAAAGCAGACACGACAGAACUGUUCCUGCUGUUGCUACCACAGCUGCCAUUGCUAUGGCCAUGGGCAUUUAGAAAACUUGAAAGUCAGCACUAAAGGAUGGGUAGCGGUUCAACACGCACCUCCAUUUUGAUUCUGAAAGCCCAUUAUUAGAUUACUUGUAAUGAUUAUUUCAACCCAGUUUCACAUCUUUGGUUCAAAAUGGCAUGUCUCUCCAACAAUUUAAGUGCCUGAUACAAAGUCCAAAGUGUAAACAUCUUCCUUUCCUCUCCUGCUGCUACUAUUGCUUUCAGAAGUUACCACAGGUCUGCAAGCCUGUUGUAUAACUGUAGACACCCUUCCCCCCACCUUUUUCAAGGGAGGAAACACUGUAGCCUUUGAUCUACUCAUUUGUCCUUUGAGUAAGUCCACAUUUGUUCACAGUUGCAGCCUUUGGGUUGACAGUGGAAAAUGGUGGCAGAUAUGAUGGAGGUUUGUGGUCCUAUGGCAUUGUACUGUCUGCUAAAAGCUGCACACAUGACAGCUGUCUCCAAACUCACAGUGAUGCUUAGGGGAUGGCCCUGCCCAGGACCCAGUAGGUCAGCACCCCAGUGCACACUAAUCAAUCAUUAGGACCCAUGUUAGAGCAGAAAAUGUGGGUUUGGUACAUUCUUCAAGUAGCAGAGAGGGAAAGUUUUCUGGGUUGGGGUUUUUGUUUUGUUUUAGUAGAUUUUGUUUUGUUUAAUCUCUGUGCAAUUUGCGUGAAUAAAUUGCUGUCCAUUUAUAAGGAGCCAGGGUCUAGAGGUGCCAUCACUUUAUCUGACCCAAAUACUUUCCUGGAUAAUAACCGUCAUCCCUUGUUUCCAGUUGCCUCUACUGGCUAAUGGCAAUGUGUUGGCAAGAGGUUAUACUACAAAGAGAGCCUUUUCCUUCUACUCCAGAUUUAUCACAUAGCUUUGCUGUUGAACCAUCAAUUUUUAAACUCUUCAAAGACAAAGCAGCUAUUUUUUUUUUAAGAAAACACUUCUCUACUUAAGAUUCUCCUUGGAUAUAUUCAUGUACAUAUAUAUAUCCGUUUGUCAGCUGACUCAGGCAUUUAUCCUAAAGAUCAACUCUUUUUGUUAGUUUUAAAAAAUUGGCAUCAUUUACAAUUUUAUAGAAUUAAUGCGAAGACCUUUCUAAUUAAGAUGUUAGGAUAUUUGGUGUUCCCAUUGUUAAUCCCAAAGGAAAGUAAUUUAGCUUUUAUUUUAAAACUUUUUUAACCUUUCAAUUAUAUCAGGUAGAAUUCUGAUGAAUUAUCCUAAUUAACUAGAUAUAUUUCAGAAUGAAACUUUUUCUUCAGAAUGACUUAAAAUCAGAUGUUACAAGUAAUCUUAAGAGCAGUGUGAAAUUUGCACUGUAGCCAAGUUUAUAUUAAACGCAGAGGUCCUUUUUGUAUUUGGGGUGGAAUAGAGGUUGAGUCUUACUAUUUUUCCAAUUGGAUAUCUUGUUCUUCUAUCACCAUCCAUUAAAAAUGCUUUCCUUGCCCCUCAUUGGGAAAAAAAAAUCAAGAGGUCUUUUCCAAUAUGAUUUUUUAAAAACUUGUAUAGCUCAAUAAAUUCCUAAGAGAUUACAUGCUAGGGCUUGAGUCAUUCCUACUGUGGAUAAUGAUGGAACCCACAAGGUCACCUUUCAUUGUUCACAUAAGCCAUUCUCUCUAUUUUUUGCCACAGUGUGGUCAGGAGAUUUCCAGAGUGGUGACUCACCACAACCUUGGUCAAUUCUCCCUUUUUCUUGUGCUCCAUGAAGUAAAAGCAGCAGGACUCUUUUCAAACUGCCCUAGUAGCCUGCAUUGCAGCCCUCAGAAUUGUGAAAGGUUGUAACUAAUACUCCAAAACAGGCAGCUAGCACUGGGAAAGCCCAUAUUUUUCCCAUGAUUUUUCAAGGUUAGUCUUUUCUAUGGUGUUGCUUUAUUAUCAAACAAGAAGAAAACAGAUCUUGCAUUUUAGCUGACAAGAACCACAACAGUUUCUUACAAAGGUAACAGAUACAUUGGAUUUCAGGAGUGACACAGAGGCUAGCCCCAGACUAUGUGAGGACUCUAUUUAAACACGGAGCAGAUACCUCCUUUGCACCCCCUCUCCCUUCAUGCCAGCAUUAGUUAGGGCUGGCUAUGACCUCCGUGCCAGAGUCACUCCUGUAGGCUGCUGGGGAUGGGCCUUUUCGUCCUGCCCUCUUGCACAUCCCAGUUUAGUCUUCCCCUUCACAGAAGCCUCUUUAACACCCCCAACUCACUGAUGAUUGGUGUUUCACAGAGUGGAAUUCAUGAGGUUUAAAUCGUCCUGCUCUAGUUACAGAUUGACAUAUGGAUCAUCAGUCUAGCCCCUCACUGCAUAAAGGGCCCUGUGAGGGUUUGGCUUGAAGGAAGGAGAUGUUAAAAGGACCAGUGUGAGUGAAAUAGGACAUAGCCAUUACCAAGGUACCAGGAGUCUGACAGUGUUCCAAUUCUCUAUGCCACAUGAGGAAUCAAAAGUAGUAGACAAAUUCAACUCAGGGCUCUGGUGUCCACAUUGUGCCAGGCAAGCCCUGCACUGAUGGAUGAGCCUCACGGGGCAGAGUGUGUGUUGGGAAGUAAUCUCUUUGUUAAUCUUUGUUAAUUGAUUUUGAGUGGUGAAGAAUGUUCUGAGAGUCUCGAGGUCCAACUUGCAGUAGUAUCCUUCCUUCUGGCCCCAGUGUAUCACAUCCACUCUCUUUUGGUUGUAUUCUCAAAGGAAGGAUUCAUGUGUUCUGACCUCUUAAUCAAUAGUCCUUAUAUAUAAUUGUGUUAUAUAUAAUUGCUACAGAUUCUCAGAAAUCUAGGGUGGAGGUUUUCUUUGAGCAGUUUAAUGAGUGAAUUUGGCAGCGGAGUGGCAAGAAAUGGUUCUCCAACCCAGGAGAGGUUGUGUUCAUCCUCUUGUCCCCCAUAUUCUCGCCCACAAUGGCAGAGUAGUCAGUGAGUGGUGCCACUGGUGCCCAGCAGCAUCCUAGGCACACAGCAUUUCCAUGUUGUGUCAAGUAUACAAACAAUCCUCUCUCGUUUAGAAAAAUUGAAAGAGCAUUUUUGCACAGAGAAAAAGAAAAUAGACCCAUGAAUGUCAUCUUUUAUCUUUUGUUUUCAGUUGACUGAUGUUGGAAUUUUUGUUCUUGACAUGCUCUUGUAAACCAAUCUUGCCAAGAUACAAGUUGUUUUGGUUUUUCACUACAAUUACCUCUUGUUCCUCCUGUCUUGACUGCUGACGUUCCUCAAUGAUUCUAAUGUCUAUUUUAUGGGAAGCAGCCUUCCCAUGAGUUUCCUUUUACACACUGCAGGGCUAUCUUUAUACUUAAAAAAAAAAAAUUUUUUUUUUUUUUUUUUU